AUGUCAUUGGUUGACAAUGAUAGAUGAGAAAAGCCAUACUUUCUUUUGGCAGUUUGUUUUUCUUUUCUUCCAAGAAAAGCCUACUUUCUUCAACUAAACCUACCGUUUUCACUCCUCCAAAGUUCCAAUUAUCUUAAUCUGAUCACUUAGAAAUCGAAUCACUCUAAAAUGAGUUUAGGCAAGUUUUUAAAUCAUUAAGAAAGGGGGAGGAAAACUGAUGGGGUGCUGAUAUUUAGGGAUGCAUUUUAGAAUAAGUAUUGUGAAAUGUCAUCUCCCUAAGCCUUUUACUUCAUUAUGAUUUAAGUAAUUUUCAAUUUUCAAUUUGGCCUCAUUAUUUUUCUUCCGAAAUGUUAACUUCUCCCUUUAACAUAUUGAGUUUCUUAAUUUAGUUAUUUAAUAGAAAUGGUCAAUUUUGUAAGAAAAAAAAUAUUGUUUUAUUUCAUAUUUGGACAAUUGAACAUCUCAAUUGACAAUGAAACUUAUUCAGUAUCAUAAAAAAAAAUGCAAACAAUAAUUUUUUAAAAGACUAGGGAUUGGAAUCUUACACGACAUCUCCAUCUUUGAAGAACAAGGUUCUUAUCGUGAUCUCACAUCUCAUUGGAACCUAACUUGUAAAGUGUUAGAGGCAUUAGAAAAGUUCAAUUUGAAAUCUUUCUUGAAUUUUGUUUGGUGAAAAAGUAAAAGUAAAACCAAUUUUCCCUCAAGUUAGAAACAAUUAUUUUAUUAAGACUAUAUAUUUCAAGGGUCAUUUUCAAAAAUUACAACUCUAUUAAAUAGCAACAAUGACAUUUUAAAAUAAAAAACAAUAUUUAAGUUAACAAUAUUUUCAGUUUUCAAAAAAAGAAAAACAAACAAACUCCAUAUUUCAACAAAAAUGAGGAAAACCAACCGUCCAUGCUUGCCAUAUUUAGUAGAUUUUUUCUCAACCCUAUGAUGCCUUCAUCUUUUAAGCCUUAUUACCAGUAUCCUUCUAAUCCUCUCAUGCAACAAAAUACUUGGAAUAAUACACAAAAUAAAAAAAUAGAAAUAUUUAUAGAAAGAUGUAACGAAGUUUUUUAAUAAGAUGUAUAAAAGAUAAAUUCAUUUAAAAUGUGACUAAAUGAUUUUUUUUCUUUUAAUAAACUGAAUGUUUAGUUUUACGUAAUGUUUAGUUUUAUAAAAGUGAUAAAAAGUAAAAUUAAGGUUGUAUGGAAAAGAGGUGAUUUUAAAAAAAAAUGGUGUAAAAGAGAGAGAGAGAGAGAGAGAGAGAGAGAAGUAAAAAAUAAAUUAAAAAGAAAAAUGCAAAGUUGUAAAAUAAUAAAACAAACAAACAAUUGAGAAAAAAAAAUAUUUAUUAUAGUUAAAAAUAAUAAUAUUUAGAGUCCAAGAUUAUUGGGUAGAACUAAUAAUUUAUCCCAAGAUUUUAUUGCUUUCAGUAUCUUUAUAAUAAUAAAUAUUUAAACUUUUAGCUGUUGGGUUUUCUUUUUUUAUAUUUUGAAGAGAGGAGGAUGAUUGAGAAACGUGAGGUUAUAUUUCUUGUCCCCUUCCCUCUUCAUCAGGCAACUCAAUGACGACGUUCUCCGCCGUCCUUCUCUCCUCUCCGGUCAUCUGACCUUUGCCGGAACUCCACUCACCCCCUCUCCUUUCCAAAUUCUAAUGCGACCUACUUCCAAUUCUGCACUCUUUCCGAUCCUUGUACCAAUAGCCAUGACCACCACCCCUUUUUAGGUUUCACCCUCUUUUUGAUUUGUGGGUUUUCUUGUAGCUCAGCUAUUUUUCCAAAAUGAGUGGUACUGGUGGAUUUAGCAACUUGGAGAGGGAGUGUAUUAGGAGGCAUCACAGGCAUGAGCCUGCUGACAAUCAGUGCAGCUCCGUGCUAAUCAAGCACAUCAAAGCUCCUGUUCCUCUUGUUUGGUCUUUGGUGAGAAGAUUUGAUCAACCCCAAAAGUACAAGCCAUUUAUAAGCAGGUGUGUAGUGCAGGGGAAUCUUGAGAUUGGAAGUCUUAGAGAAGUUGAUGUCAAGUCUGGACUCCCAGCCACCACAAGCACCGAAAGGUUGGAACUUCUUGAUGAUGAUAAACAUAUCCUUAGCAUCAGGAUAGUUGGUGGUGAUCACAGGCUUAGGAACUACUCUUCAAUUAUCUCCCUUCAUUCAGAAAUCAUAGAAGGAAGGCCUGGGACUCUUGUUGUUGAGUCAUUUGUGGUGGACACUCCUGAAGGAAACACAAAGGACGAGACUUGCUUCGUUGUAGAGACAUUGAUCAAAUGCAAUCUCAAAUCUCUAGCUGAUGUCUCAGAAGGGCUUGCCAUUCAGGAUUGGACCGAGCCUAUAGUCUAAGAGAAAUCCUUAAAGAUUGUUCUGGAUGGAAAAGGGUGGGGAUGAGAUUUGCUGUGAUAUUACACACCAAGGCAUAUUGGAUCUACAUUGUUAUGGAACCAGACUGGCAGUAAUACUACUCUCUCAAUACACAUCUCACACUUACUCCCUUUGCUGGUUAAUUGUGUUUAAAUUAUAGGCUGCCGUCUUCCAUGGUUGAAGUACCCGUCUUUACAAAGGAAUUCAACACCCAUUCAAGAAUAAGAAGUAUAGAAGUGCCCCUUGUUUCGUUUCCAGGAUUUUGGCUAGGUAGUGUAGGAUUUAUGGUUGUACGCACAAUGAAACAUUAUGAGUUUACUGGUUAAUUAUUUUGGUUACUAGUUUCGGAUAGUGAAACUGGGACAAAACAUAUCUUGAUUUAA